GACACCAAAAACCAGCGGGGGAGCGGAGCGGAGAGUACAAACCAAAGAGGAAGAAAGGAAUAUCCAUGGCGAACGGGCUUCCAAACCCUCCCGCCGCCCUCCUCACCGCCGCCACCGCCCGAUCCCUCCUCGACUCCGUCGACGCCUUCCUCUUCGACUGCGACGGGGUGAUUUGGAAGGGAGAUGAGCUCAUCGAAGGGGUCCCUGAGACGCUGGACCUGCUGCGGAAUAUGGGAAAGAAAUUAGUUUUUGUAACAAACAAUUCUAGAAAGUCGAGAAGGCAAUACUCGAAAAAAUUCAAAGCACUUGGAGUUGAAGUUGCUGAGGAAGAGAUCUUUACAUCAUCAUUUGCAGCAGCGAUGUUCUUGAAGUUAAAUAAUUUCUCUCCCGAAAAGAAGGUUUAUGUUGUCGGUGAGGAUGGCAUUUUGGAAGAGCUCAGAUUAGCUGGUUUUGAAGGUUUUGGUGGUCCGGAGGAUGGCAAGAAGAACAUAUUGCUGGAGGCAAACUUCUACUUUGAACAUGACAAAAGUGUUGGAGCUGUCAUUGUUGGACUUGAUCAAUACUUCAACUACUACAAAAUGCAGUAUGCAAGCUUGUGUAUUCGUGAGAAUCCAGGCUGCCUUUUCAUUGCGACCAACCGUGAUCCUACUGGUCAUAUGACAUCUACUCAAGAAUGGCCAGGAGCUGGAACUAUGGUCGCUGCUGUUAGUUGCUCGGUGCAGAAAGAGCCCAUUGUUGUUGGAAAACCUUCAAGCUUUUUAAUGGAUUUCCUCUUGAAAAGCUUCAAUUUGGAGACAUCAAGAAUGUGCAUGGUUGGUGAUAGACUGGACACUGACAUACUAUUUGGCCAGAACACUGGUUGCAAAACACUCCUUGUUCUAUCUGGUGUGACUACCUUACCAGAACUUCAGGACGGUUCGAACAGUAUCCAUCCAGAUCAUUACACAAAUAGCGUAUAUGAUCUGGUAGGGUUACUGCAACAGUAAUCUUGUACCUGGCAUUGAAGAUACUAAUCUUUGAGUUCUGACUACCCUGCCAGAUCUCCAGGAUAUUUUGAGUACCAACUGUUUAGAAUAACAACAUAUAUGGUGCUGUUGGGUUAUUUGAGCAGCCGUCUAUUCUUUGGGUAGCUGAUUGAUAGCAACCCUGACCUUUACACUAGCAACAAAUUUGAGUGCUGCCAAUUUGAGUCAAAUUCAUAACCCCAUACAUGUAGCUUGCCGUUGGUAUCGGACUGCGGUUGCCAGUCUUGAAAUUUCAUAUGGAAUAAAAGAUGCAUGGAAUUCAUUGUAAUUUUUUCUCA